AUACGCACUCGCACUCGCCGCCGCCCUGACGCUAUCUGUUGACGGGAACACCAAACAAACAGGCCCACCUAGAGUACUACUGACUAGACCGGCCUUCAGCUCGGCUUCCCAUCAAUCACCCCUCCCUCCGCAAAUUGGCUUUUUGGCCGUUGUGGGCGUCGACUUUACCAACGACCUCAACAACCACUACCGAGAAGAGGUCCCCAAUCGCCUGAUAUCUUUGCCCACCGCCCACCGCUCACCACCCGCCGCGUACACCGACUCUCAGCCCCCUGGUAAUUGCACCGACCUUGCCAAACGUGAACCCAUCCAACCGUCGCAUUCUUCUCGUCCGUCCCCCGGCGCACGGCCGUAGACACGGCAUAGAUGUGGUCAACACUGCGCCGCUGUUGUUGCCGUCACUAAGUUUCAACCCCGCCCUCGCUGUAUCCGGUAUUCUCUAGCAUCACCACCUUCAUGACGAUCUUCUCGUGCGACGAAACAUGACGGAUCGAGUGGCCGCCUUCGUCCGUGUUUCGGGCCCACCAAACAGCAGUUUCUUGGUCGGAUAUCCAGGCAUUUCAGCGACGUUGCCGCGUAUAGAAGGCAAAGUUGAGAUUCGCCCACAACAGGGUAUUUCUGCUCCUAUCGCCAUCUCGCUUGUCCGAAUAUGUCUACAACGAAGAGAAACCAUUCAUCCGGCCGCGGAAAAUGUGGCCAAGCGCCAUCUUGGUACCCCCCGAAGGGAGACGACCGAUGUUGUUGGUAGAGAGCUGUUAUUAUAUAGAUGCGCUUCUGGUAGGGAGGCGGAGAAUGUUAUCGCCAUGGAUUUACCCUUUGUCUUAUUUAUACCGUUCGGACGAGGGGGUGAAGAAACAAGCAGAAGAAUACCGCCAGCAUCGUUACAGCUUCCUAGUAGGACGGCUGAAACGUACUAUGAAUUAGUCGUCACGGUACAGCAGGGCCCAAGUGUGCAGAACAAAUAUGCAUUCCCAGUUCCCUUACAACGAUACGACACAUUAUCAACCUUUGGAAUGUACAACCGCCCGGAAACUAAAAUCGCAACUACUGAUAAUAUUGUCACGCUUGUUAUAUCAUUACCGAGAUGGAGUUAUGGCCCCACCGACCCAAUCACCGUUUAUAUCAAACUGGCGCCGAACCUAGACUGGAUGGCGAAAGCUAGAAAAGUCACAGUGAAGAGCAUUACCUUGGCCAUUGAGGAGGAGAUUACCUACAACCCCGAGGGUGACGAACCGACGAAGAAGGUCAACCGGAUACAGAAGCAUGUCCAAAAUGUGGGAACAAAGUUAUCUGAGGACGGCUACGUGACCAAUAUGGAUGUCAUUUUCCCGCAUAAAGACUUGCGUGAUUCAAACGGAAUCAUCCGGAGGGGGCAGCCGGCGUUUCCUAAUUACGAGGUAACAUCCUUCACCACAACGUCGACUCUGUAUAAAAUAGAAUUCUUUCUAAGUAUCAAGGCGAGCAUGACCUCAGCCCGAGAUAUCACUCUUCGGCAGCCAAUUGUGAUCUGUCCCCAGGAUCACCAAGCCUGCAAAGAAGAAAUGGACGCUAUCGAGCAAGCAGCGAAAGAUGCUUCGUCUGUCGACCAUGCUAAUCCCAUGCUCCCAGCACGAAAUAUCGUAUUAGCUAACGAUGCUAACGCGCUAGCGACAUUAGGGCUUUGCCUCGUAGGAGGGCAGAAAAGGCCAUUGAUUGAAUGAGGAAAAGCUAAGUAUGACGUUUUGAAAGGACGUUAUGACGCAUGACAAAUGCUGUGGCGAGCAAUUGGUAGCAAUAACAGCCUCCGCCAAUAGGGAGAGAUCGCUGCAGUCCAGAUUCCGUUAAGCACCAGAAUAUUAGCUUUGCAUUUUCUUGGUCAUAGAUGAUCAGAAUCACCUGAUGAAACGGAGAGAACGAGACUGCCCUGUCCCAAUUAUAGCAGGGACCAUCAUAUGGUAUCAUGUUAUACGCCUACAGCCAAUGUUUGAAGCAUGAUACUGGCCCAAGUCUCACACACGAAAGGCGGUAUUCAUAUCUACUGUUAUCAUUCAGAGACCUUGGAUUAUGGGAAUCCGGAGCUGUUCAGGUC